AACCAUAAAUAUCAAACAAAUACAUACACAACACUUUGCAGUUGUUGUCUAAGCAGCAGAGUAGCAGAGCAGAGAGCAGACUCUUCGACACUCCCAAAGCAAAACAAAGAUGAGGCCUUCCGUGUCCCUCGUCAGAUCCGUACAACGAGUCACUCGCCGGAGCUACUCGUCCGAGGCCGUGCCGGAGCGGAAGGUCGCCGUUCUCGGCGCCGCCGGCGGCAUCGGGCAACCUUUAUCGCUCCUCAUGAAGCUCAACCCUCUUGUCUCCCACCUCUCUCUCUACGAUAUCGCCGGAACCCCCGGCGUCGCCGCUGACGUCAGCCACAUCAACACCAGAUCUGAGGUCAAGGGUUACGCCGGUGAAGAUCAGCUUGCUCAAGCCCUGGAGGGAGCCGACGUCGUAAUCAUACCCGCCGGUGUGCCCCGAAAGCCCGGCAUGACCCGAGACGAUCUCUUCAACAUUAAUGCCGGUAUCGUCAAGGGUCUCACUGCCGCCAUCGCCAAGUACUGCCCCAAUGCACUGAUUAACAUGAUUAGCAACCCAGUCAACUCUACGGUCCCGAUUGCGGCCGAGGUGUUGAAGAAAGCCGGGAAAUACGACGAUAAGAGGUUGUUUGGUGUCACUACUCUUGAUGUGGUCAGGGCAAAGACUUUCUAUGCUGGCAAAGCCAAUGUUAAUGUUGCUGAGGUUAAUGUACCAGUCGUUGGUGGCCAUGCUGGCAUCACCAUUCUCCCACUAUUUUCUCAGGCUACCCCAACAGCAAAUUUGCCUCAUGAUGUUAUCAAGGCUUUGACAAAGAGAACACAAGAUGGAGGAACGGAAGUUGUGGAAGCCAAGGCUGGAAAGGGAUCUGCAACAUUGUCAAUGGCCUAUGCUGGAGCUCUUUUUGCUGAUGCUUGUCUGAAGGGACUUAAUGGGGUCCCCGAUGUUGUGGAAUGUUCGUUCGUGCAAUCAAGCGUUACUGAACUUCCUUUCUUUGCUUCUAAGGUGAGGCUCGGAAGGAAUGGUGUGGAGGAAGUUUUGGGGUUGGGUAAUCUCUCAGACUUUGAAAAGGAAGGAUUGGAAAGCCUAAAGCCUGAGCUCAAAGCAUCUAUUGAGAAGGGUAUCAAGUUUGCCAACCAGAAUUAGUAUAAUGUAUUAUUAGUUCAUUGGGGAUGGAGGUUAUCUACCCAUCCCCAAUUAGUAACCCUUCCAAAUUUUGCAUUUGUCCAAGUAGUGUUGUAUUUUUAGUGCUGCCAGCGGCACGGGCACCGGCUUUGCUGUUUUUAUUGGAGUAAGCUCUGAUAGACAAAGGUUUUAUCAAUAAAAUCCCCAGUGGCAUGUUAUGGGAGGGGUUAAGCUAUUUGAACUUGAAUGAAAAUGUUUCAUUUAUUCAAGGAAUGAAAACUUGAUUACUGUUUAGUCAUUGACUUGGAUUAUAGUUUGUGACCGCCAUCAUCUGGCAAUAAGUAGUAUUCUCCUGAUUCAAGGA